CAUCUUCAUUUCCGCUUUAAAGGCGCAAGGGGCCGUGAAAAUUGGGGUGGGUAUGGGGGAAAAGGAGAGCACUCGAUUCCAGCUCUGCUGUGCUGUGCUGUGCACUCUCACCUGAAACCCUAGUUCCUGACCGGAGAUUGCCACCGGGAAGUAGCGAUGACGAGAUCUGGUGCGCUCAGAUAGACGGUCUCCGAGAGCAUGGUCCGUGUUUCCCCGAUCUGACCUCUUCCGCGUCCGAUCCGGACGUUCCGGAGCCGUCUCGCGGAUUUCUGGAGCUCUCUUUCGCCAAUCGACUCGUUCUGUGAAUAUUGUACAGCUGAAAUAUUUCGAAGAAAAGGUGGAUUUUAUGUUCAGUAGAGAUGUCCUUCAAAAGUUUCGUACGUGAGAUAAGGGAGAUAAAAGAUGGCAUUGGGAGCAUAUCCAAACGAGGGGUGGAAGGCAAGCACUGGCGUAGUCGGACCCGAUCUCACAUUGCCCCCGAUGUGGCCCCCCCUUUUUUACCAGUUGAACAAGGACAGUGGGCUAACUUACCUCCAGAGUUGCUUUUGGACAUAAUCCGAAGGGUUGAAGAGAGUGAAACAUCCUGGCCUGCAAGAACGGUAGUUGUUUUUUGUGCAUCAGUUUGCAAAUCAUGGAGGGAUAUUACAAAGGAGAUUGUCAAGACUCCAGAGGAAUGUGGGAGACUCACCUUUCCCAUUUCACUGAAACAGCCGGGGCCACGGGAUGCUCCAAUUCAGUGCUUUAUUAAAAGGGACAGAGCAACUUCCAUAUAUCGUCUCUACUUUGGCCUGACCCCCUCUGAGAAAGAGAAUGAUAAACUGUUGUUGGCUGCAAAAAAGGUCAGAAGGGCAACAAGCACAGACUUUUUGAUAUCUCUGGUAGCCGAUGACUUUUCUAGAGCCAGCAAUACCUAUGUUGGAAAAUUAAGGUCUAAUUUUCUGGGCACCAAGUUUACCGUCUAUGACAGCCAGCCUCUAACUGAUGCUGCAGUUCAACAGAAUGGGAGGUCAAGUCGAAGAUUUCAUGCCAAACAAGUAUCUCCAAGGGUGCCUGCAUGUAGCUACAGUAUUGCCACCAUUACUUAUGAGCUCAAUGUCCUGCGAACAAGAGGACCUAGGAGAAUGCAUUGUGUCAUGCAUUCAGUUCCAGUCUCUUCCAUUCAGGAGGGGGGCACUGCACCUACACCGACAUCAUUUCCGCACUCCCUAGAUGAGAAAAUUUUUCCCCCACUGGAGUCAAAAGGAAAGGAGCCGAUUACAGAUUUCAGUUCCUCAAAUCUUGGAGUGUCUGCAGAAUCUGCGCCAGUCUCUGUGGAGCCUCUGAUUCUUAAAAACAAGGCUCCUCGAUGGCAUGAGCAGUUACAGUGUUGGUGCCUAAAUUUUAAAGGGCGGGUUACGGUGGCUUCGGUCAAGAAUUUCCAGCUUGUGGCAGCUAUUGAUCCAUCUCACAAUGUGCCAGCUGCAGAGCAAGAAAAAGUUAUUCUACAAUUUGGAAAGAUCGGCAAGGACAUCUUCACCAUGGAUUAUCGGUACCCACUCUCUGCCUUCCAAGCCUUCGCAAUAUGUUUGAGCAGCUUUGACACAAAACCGGCCUGUGAAUGAUCAUCUAUCUGUAGUGAAACAUUUUUCUCCAUCUUGCUAAGUUGCUCCUGCAAGUCUGAACUACGUUCUCUACAUGGAAGCUCAUCGGCCGUGGCUGACCACACUCAGCUUUUAGUUUUCUUUUCUAGUGGGCAUAGAUGUUCAGCUGUGGAGGAUACAUUUUCUGGCUAGUUUGGUCGUCCUUUCGACAUUUGGGGACUUAAUGUAUGAAGAUCAACUACAUAUAUAUAUAUAUAUAUAUGCACUUGCAUUUCGUUU